CCCGCAUAUUUGCUUCGUCCAUGAGACCGUCAGACCAUCACCCAUCGCCGGAUCGACCAUCGAUAUCGAUUGCCACCCACUGAACUGAAAUGAUUCAUAAAAUAAUACUGCGUAAUUUUAGAUUUUAUAGCUGAUUUAAGUAUUUAGAGCAUAUGUCAGAGUGAAGUGAAUAUUACCUAUAUGUUAAUGUUAACGGAAUGUUAAUAAGGUAAAAAGUCAUCAAGUCACUGAUGUGUAUUGUAUUAUACUGUGUGCGUGAAAUAAAUAUCUGUGAACAACCGCAUCCAGUCACAACGGUGGAGGCAGGAAUAAUUGAAUAUUUGACAACCCAUCGUUAUUUGGUGUCAUAUUCCAUUACCACGUAAACCAUUUAUACCAUUGACAAGGAAUCUCUGCUGAAAAUAAAAUAAAAAAAAAAGAAGUUUUGCCCAAAUUUUCAAGCAAGUUAUACUGUAAAAGGCAGCGAUUUAUGUCGCGUGAAGAUCGCCCGAGACGCCUCAGUGUUGUUCAUCGCGAGCUUCCUUGUCGUAAGUCAUAGUAAAAACCAUGCCCGGAGAACCUCCAGUCACCACAGGCAACAAAUCCAGUGGCAAAGUCAAAAGAAUAUCGAUACCUCGCGUCCAGAGCGGCACAGAUACAGAACUGCAGUCCCAGCAGAGCGGAUCUACUCCACUUCAACCAGUAACGGUGUCCCAGUACGCCAGUUUUCGCACAGACGUCGAGGACAGCGCGAUACCUCCAGUACUGCGUUCAAAAUUAUUAGACCUCUUCCAGCAGAUUGAAAAAGAAUUCGAGAUGCUCUGUGCAGAGAACUCUGGCCUGCAAGAAAAGAUAGAGGCGUUGAACGAGAAGCUGGAAAGAGAAUGCUAUGGAUCUGCGGAGCGAAAUCUACCUACUGGAGAUUUCCAAGAUUUUACAUAUGCUAAGACUCUUGUUAAAAGUAAAUCUCUCACCGGUAAUCCCGCUCACAAAGUCAAAGCGUCGCACAAACUGAAAGCUCAGACGAGUAAAAUAGUCUCGAGCUUCAAAAACCCAACAAUGACGUGCAGCAUGCAGCGGGAGUACCGGGGACAUCGAGACGGUGUCUGGGAAGUUUGUGUAGGCAGAUCUGGCCAACCGGUAAUCGCGACCGCCUCUGCCGAUCACACGGCCCGCGUCUGGGGUAUAGACAGCUGUCGUUGCCUGCUGCAUUACACGGGCCACAGUGGCUCCGUCAAUUCCGUUAGAUUCCAUCCGUCGAGGGAUCUGGUGCUGUCGGCCAGCGGUGAUGGCUCAGCUCACGUCUGGCAGGCGGCAGUCAACUGGGAUCUGCCAAAAAGACCGUCCACAGAGGACGUCGCUAUUUCCGGAGGGGAUCGCGGCUCCGGACCGAUGGGCGGAGACAGCUGCCCUCCUCAAGAGGAGGAGGCGACUCCAACCCUCAGAACUCCCAUCAAAGAACUUUUGGGCCACACAGGAGUCGUCAUGGCAGCUGACUGGCUUUUUGGCGCUGACCAAAUUGUGACCUCCUCCUGGGACAGGACUGCCAAUCUGUACGACACUGAAACCGGAGAGAUAAUACAUACUCUCUGCGGCCACGAUCAGGAGUUGACCAACGUUUCGACUCAUUACGCGCAACGCCUGUGCGUUACUUCUAGUCGGGACAGCACUUUUAGGCUCUGGGACUUUAGAGAACCCAUUCACUCUGUAUCUGUAUUCCAAGGGCAUACCGAGACGGUAACUUCAGCGGUUUUUACGAGAGAGGAUAAAAUAGUCUCGGCUUCGGACGACAGGAGCGUCAAAGUUUGGGAAUUGCGGAAUAUCCGAAGUCCGUUAGCCACUAUCCGCGCCGACAGUUCGGCAAACAAAUUGGCUGUAUCAAGUACUGGAAUGGUGGCUAUUCCGCACGACAAUAGACAAAUUCGGCUAUUCGACCUGAAUGGCCAGAGAUUGGCGCGAUUGCCCAGAACGAGUCGACAGGGCCAUCGACGAAUGGUGUGCUCAGUUGCCUGGGCGGAAGACAGCAACAGUCCCUGCAGUCUGUUUUCAUGCGGCUUCGACAGGCUCGUACUUGGCUGGAGCAUAUUGCCAAUCAAAGAAAAGGAUGCUUGAGACACAAUGCGCGAUCGCCGUAUACGCAUGACCUUAAGUUUGCAACAGAGUCACGUUGGUGGUCGGUAAAUACUGUCCUAGUAUUUUGUAAACGUAAUUGUGGACCCAGAGCCCGACAGUCAGUGCGAUCAACGAGCUUGCUCUUCCGCUUUCGCAAACGACUAAACAGAAUAAUAAAAUAUAAAAAGUUACUCGUCCGGGACUUGAGUUUACGUGUUGUAUUGAAUGUAAAGCAUCAACAUUGUAGGGUGCAAAUGUUGAAUUAUUUUUGUGAACGCAGGCUUUGAUUGAUGUAGAUAUGUACGUGUAAAUGUAGGUGUACAUACUCGGUUGUAGUUGGAUCAACAAAACCGUGCCGGAAAUGAAGAAUACUAAUAUAUCAUGAAAAAGUAUUACAAAGUGGAUUGAAAUUUAUUUUGCGAUGCUGUGCAGGCAUGCAGCCAAAACAAAAGCUGUUGGUAGACAUAAGUUAUAACUAUGCCAUUGGUAUUUGUAGUUGGCAAACGCAUGGUGAUACAAAAACCAAAUAUAAAUAAAAGAUUUUCGUUGAAUUAUAUAAUUUUUAACAAUCGUGUUUAGUCAUUCAGAAAUGCGACAUAAAUUUCAAGAAAAAUUAUAUUGUAAUAGAAUACUUAACUCGUAAGUAAAUAUGAAAAAAGCAAAAAAAAAUUCAAUCGAAGUAGAUCCAAAUAUUAUCUUGGAUUUUUUGUUCUUAAUAAUAAUCGUCAAUAUUAACAAAAAAAAUUUUUUUUUUUCAAGUAGAUAUCUUCGAGUAAAAUAACGUUGUUUGCUAUUUAAAAAAAAAAUAUAUAACAAAUAGUGUAAUCGGUGUUAAAUGCGAAAAUUUGAGUGUAAUCAAUUUUACCAAGGUGCUAUUUUUCAGCUAUAUUCAUGGAAAUCAAUGUACCUAUGUAAUUGUAAAUGUUAAAGCUAUAUCGUGUUUGUGUGUGUUAAACUGCUUGUAAACUUAGCAAACAUAAUAGUAUAGAGGAGCAUAGUAAUUUUAAGAAAGACGUGUGAUUUGUUUAUCAAAAGUUUGAUCGUAUUAUAGAUAAAUUUGUUAUUUUAUUUUUGAAAUUUUAUAGUUUAAAUGGACGAGUAUUUAUUUAAGUGGUGUAUAUUUUAACAUAAGAGAAAAUAAAUAUCAAUAAUGAUUACAAUAUGGUUACAAAAUAAAUGGUUAUUUAAUCGCAUGAUCACUUUUUAUUAAUUAAUUUAUUCGCUAGAUUGUGUAUUAUACUAAAUCAUAAAAAAUAAAAAAAUUUGAAAUAAUAUAAGGAAAAUAAAUUUAAAAAAAAUUUUUAUUGUCACAAAUUUCCGAUGUACAGUGAAUUGUUUGGCGCGUUUGUGAAAGCAGUCAACUCUUAUCGUUAAUUACGGUAACAUCGUACCAUAAUCACGCACGCCAUGACUGAGUAUGCUAAAUGUAAAUGAACACAUGAUAAAAAAAAGCGUAAAAAAAUAAAAACUCAGUAAAAUCGUAUCAAUGGUGUUAGCAUUUUGGCAAAACAAUUUGGUCAACGUGGAGCGAGUGUUAUGAGUAGAGUUCCUCGGAAAACCGCGCAAAGUUAUUACUU